CUGUUUCCACUUUGCCCAGCGAGUCUGAAUGAGCGCAAUUCGAAAGGAUGAGCAAAACGAGCCGAGCGGCAGAGAGGACGGUUGUCGUGUAAAGAGGCAGAGCCUAGAAAAGAGCAGAAAGCCUUGCGGACCACCACCGAGACCCGGCGUCCGCCCGGCCACCCCAGAGCUGGAGAGCCUGCCCCCGCCGGGCCAGUCGCCCCCGCCUCGUGCCCCCAUCAACGGCAUGUACCCCGAAGAAAGCCGGGGGUCCGGCGAGGUCGUCACGGUGGACUUCCUCGAGGGGACAUACGACUAUGCCUCCCCGACUCCGGCCCAGACGCCGCUUUAUGGCCACCCCACACCAAGCUAUUAUUCGGCACCCCUGGACACCCACGGAUCGCCCUCGGAUGGCAGUCUCCAGUCACUGGGCAGCGGGCCCACCAGCCCACUUGUGUUUGUGCCCACCAGCCCCCGACUCAGUCCUUUCAUGCACCCCCCUGGUCAUCACUAUCUGGAGACCACUUCAACUCCCAUCUACAGGUCCAGUGAGACGAUAGGUCAACAGCAGGUGUCCAGGGACGACCAUUGCGGCACUAGUGACGAGGCUUACAUCAUGGGGGGCUCGGAGGCCGCCGCCAUCGGGGUGAUUGAGAUGGCUAAGGAGACACGCUUCUGUGCCGUGUGCAGCGACUACGCUUCCGGCUACCACUACGGGGUGUGGUCCUGCGAAGGAUGCAAGGCGUUCUUUAAGAGGAGCAUCCAAGGUCACAAUGACUACGUGUGCCCGGCAACCAAUCAGUGCACUAUUGACAGGAAUCGCAGGAAGAGCUGCCAAGCGUGCCGACUAAGGAAGUGUUAUGAAGUGGGCAUGAUGAAAGGAGGUGUGCGCAAAGACCGCGGUCGCGUUACACGCCGUGACAAGCGGCGGACCGGCGCCAUGGAGAAGUCCAACAAGGAGACAGAACAUAGAAAAGGCCACCCACAGGACGUAAGGAGGCAAAGCGGCUACAGAAGUACUAGUGGGGGGAGAUCGUCAGUAACGGAUAUCCCGCCUGACCAGGUGCUUCUCCUGCUGCAGGGGGCUGAACCCCCGAUACUAUGUUCCCGACAAAAACUGAGCCGACCAUAUACAGAGGUCACCAUGAUGGCCAUGCUUACCAGCAUGGCAGACAAGGAGCUGGUUCACAUGAUCGCCUGGGCAAAGAAACUGCCAGGCUUCCUCCAGCUGUCCCUGCACGUCCAGGUGCAGCUGCUGGAGAGCUCGUGGCUGGAGGUGCUGAUGAUCGGCCUCGUCUGGAGGUCUGUCCACUGUCCAGGCAAGCUCAUCUUCGCUCAGGACCUCAUUCUGGACAGGAAUGAAGGCGAUUGUGUGGAAGGCAUGGCGGAGAUCUUUGACAUGCUGCUGGCCACAGCCUCUCGUUUCCGUAUGCUCAGAAUCAAGCCCGAGGAGUUUGUCUGCCUCAAAGCAAUCAUCUUGCUCAACUCCGGUGCUUUUGCUUUCUGCACCGGCACCAUGGAGCCUCUCCACGACAGCGUGGCGGUACAGGGCAUGCUGGACACCAUCACAGACGCACUCAUACAUCACAUCAGCCAAUCAGGAUGCUCGGUGCAGCAGCAGGCCAGGCGGCAGGCCCAGCUGCUCUUUCUUCUCUCUCAUAUCAGACACAUGAGUAACAAAGGCAUGGAGCACCUGUACAGCAUGAAGUGCAAGAACAAAGUGCCACUCUAUGACCUGCUGCUGGAGAUGCUGGACGCCCACCGCCUCCACCGUCCCGUUAGACCCACACAGAUCUGGUCGCCAAACACAGGCGGCGGCAACGGCGCUACCUCCAGUUCAGGAGGCCACGGCAACCACGACAGCCUGAGCAGAGGCCCACAGUUUCCGGGCGUACUGCAGUUCGGUGGCUCCCACCCAGACUGCACAGAAAUCCUGUGAGAUGGACAAAUGAUCAGUGUUGUACUGGAGAUCAAUCGAUGAUUAUUUAUACAUUUCGAAAAUCUUUUAACAUUGCUCAAAGCUCAUUUGACUUUUCCACUGUUGCUUAUAAAGCUUCUCCUAAGUGCCAAAUGCACUAUUUGAAUUUCAUGUUCUUUUUAAUUCCCAUUGAACCAAAGUGCACUUCCUCUUGGCUUAAAGGGGCUACUGGGCAUUACUUUCAUUUAUUUGCAUAAUAAGCUGUGAUUGAACACUUGUCAUUUAUUUACCUGCCAGCUGAGUACCAAAAUGUCUGAUGUCUAACGUUCGCCACAUUAAUACCGGUUUGAUCCAUUUGUAAACCGUAUGCUGAUCACGAUUGAUAUGUGUUUUGUGUUUCUGUCUGCUGUAUUGUUGGAUUUAAAACAAACAAAAAAAAUGAAACAUUUGCAUUCUGAGAGUUGCAUUGCUUGAAAUCCGAGCCAAACGGUCUUUGGGUAACUUUGUAGUUUUGUUCACUUGCACUUGUUUUGUAUUAAAUGUUGAUUAUUACCA